GCAAGCGGGAGGCAGAAGAGAGGAAAGGUUUUUUGGAAAUGGGAGACGGUGUAUCAGAGCCGCUGAGCUUUUGCAAUCAUUUUUGGGGGAAAGAUGAUCGAGGAGUGAAUGUUUUGUUUAAUCGCAUGAAUGAAGCUAAGACUAUAUGUGAAGAAGUCCGGUCGUUUUACAAGGAUUGGGCGACUAUUGAAGAGGAGUAUUCUCGGAGAUUGCAUAGGCUUGUGCGUGGAACGUUGUGUUCACACGAGAUUGGGACUCUGCGUGAGAGUUUUGUUACUUUGCAGAAGGAAACAGAGACGAUAGCUAAGCAGCAUUCAAACAUUGCAAUUCAGAUUCGUAGUGAAUUGGAAGAGCCAUUGCAUGCAUUUUCUUCGGAUAUGCGUACAACACGUAAAGCAGUAUGUUUUGUAUUUUGUUGUUUAGAAGUAGACCGUUUGUAGAUCCAAUCGAAUUUAGAGAAGCUUCGUAAAGUAAAGACUGCACAAGAACAACAGCUGCAGAAGUAUAAGGAAAAAAUUGAGGACAAAAGUAAUAAAUCUGUUUCUCAUGGUUCACAACCGGGAUUAUUUUCUGCCAAAAAUUCUGAUAAAAGUAAUUCAAAGACUGAUAAAAAUCAAAUUGCGACUCAAAAUAGUUGAGUGAUGUUCUCUACUAGUAAAAUUGAUUUAUUUUAUUUAGAUAAUGAUUAUAUUCUUGCGGUUACUGUGCUUCAAGAAACGUCAAUUAAGUGGAUUCGAGAAUGGAAAAUUGCAUGUGAUAAAUUUCAAGAUCUUGAGGAAAGGCGUAUUAGUUUUAUUAAAUCGAGUUUGUGGGCGUUUUCUAGUAUUAUAUUAGAAACAUGUACUAAUGAUAGCAAAUCUUGUGAGAAAAUUCGUGAAUCUAUUAGAAAGUGUAACCUUCAGAAUGAUAUACAAUUAUUCAUUCGAACUAAGGGUACUGGACAAGAGAUUCCAAACCCUCCUAAGCCUAGGGAUCCCUGUGAUGGGUUUGAGGACUUAAAUGAAUUGCCUUAUUCUAUAGCUCAGUUUUCUCGAGUUAGCGAUCCUCAGUUUCAUUCUGAUAUUAUAAUGCAACGUUCUAUACUUAAUGAAAAUAGUAUCUAUUUGUCACCGAAAAUUCCUCCACUUUCUACAGAGACUCAAGUUGAACAGUCUUUGAAAACAGAUGCUAGUGAGGUUCCUCUUGAUGGUAUUACUCAUUUUUGUAAGAAUGAUUCCUUAAUCUCGAAUUCCUCAAAUACCAAAUCUUCUUCACCGUCUACUUCGGUAUACCCUCACAAUACUGAAACACGUACAGCUACAUCAUUCUUUGGUUUUAAGGAUCGUAGUAAAAAAGAUACGUCAUCUGUUCCCGGAUUUACAACUAAAGAUAGGUAUUCUUUUAACUCAAAUGAUAAAAGACCAGAAUUUAUAUCAUCUUUGGAAGAAGCUUCAGCUUCUGCUGAUAAAACGAUUAAAACUAGAAGUCGAUCUACUUCUCCGUUUAAGAACUUUAGUUCUAAAAAAAAUCUUGAAAAAACUAAAUCUCCGUUACUUGAAAGACUUAGAGGCAUGGGUGUUGUUAGUGACUCUGAAGUUGAUCCAAUUGAUCCACGGGCUAAUGUGGUAUUGAGUGUUGGUAAUAAUAUGUUUGAUGUUGAAUCGAAUGUGAAAAAUCAGAAACCUGGUCUUUAUGAUCAUGAUGAUCCUGUUGUAUCUGCACUUGCUCAGUUUAAGAUUUCUUCUAAAAUUCCUUUGCCGACAAAAAGAGAACCUACAAGAGUUACAUGGUUUGAUUCUGCUGAUAAAAAUUGUAUUCAAAAUUCUGAAGUGGUAGAAAGAAGACAUUGUUUUUCUACAGAGCAGCCUCAAAAGUUAUCUUCAAAUGUUCAUCCUUCUUCAAUGCCAAUACCACAAAGACCGAAUUUAUCUGUGCCUAGUAAGCUUGCUAAGCAAUAUGAUACUCUUGAUGCACCUCCUCCAGCUGUAACUGCUGCUAAAAUGAAACAUAUAAGUCAAGGAUAUGUUAGACAGAUGAAGGAUAUUUAUGGUUCAUCUGAAAAGAAUCCGUAUUUGCAAUAUGAUGUAGUUUCAGCUAAUCAAGACUCUUAUUAUGAUCAAACUCGAAAUAUGUAUUCGGAGAAAGAAAUAUUACCAAUGACUGGGGAAAAGAUUUUAAAUGGAAGGCAUCAGAUAUCCGAAAAUAUGAGAAUGCCAAUGGUUUCUGGAAAGCCUUAUAUGAACUCUAGAUCUACUAUACGAACAGCAAGUCCUCAAACAUCGUAUCGACCUAUUUCUCCAGAUCAUGAUUAUCCUAGACCAGGAUCUCGUUCUCCAGUUAUUUAUAAGUCUGCAUUAUCUGGUCCUCAAUAUGCAUCGAGAGUUGAAAGACCCAUGGAAAUGUUUCCAAAUAGUUGUGCACAGCGUUCGCUAACACCUGGUCCCGGCAUGAGGAAUUCUGAUCAGUAUUAUUCUCACGCUUCAAGGCAGCAGCCUCCUACAUCUUCUGCUUUUGAUAUCGCAUUGGAUGCUAAUGGGAAUUUGAUAAACAAGUAUUCGCGUGCAAGGAGUGCUUCACCUUGUCCCAAUAGUCAUAAACCGAUUCCCAGGGCUGGAUAUAAUUAUAAUAUUCCAGUAGAGUAUCCAUCAUAUAAUAAUUUAGCCUCUGAUUAUAGCGAUUGUUAUCGUGAAGAUACUCGAGUUUUUAAUCAGGCGCCUAUUCAUACUGAUGGUAGAGUAUACAUGAAUAAUUCUUUUGUUCCUUUACAGUAUACAGAAGAUGGAAGAAGAAUAUUAUUUUAUGUUCGUGCAUUAUACGAUUAUCAGGCAACUAUACCUGAGGAGAUAAGUUUUGUUAAAGAUGAUAUACUUUUGGUAUUAGAAAUGCAGGAAGAUGGAUGGUGGGAAGGUGAAAUAGUGAAUUCGAAAAAAUCUAAGCGUGGUUUAUUUCCUAGUAAUUUUGUGCAACGUACUUCAAUCAUUUCAUAG